AUGGAGCCUAUGUAUCCUCUUGCUAGACCUCAGAUGAAUAGCAGGUUUCCUUCAAGCAGAAUGGUACCUUUCCACUUUCCUCCAUCAAAAUGUGCACUUUGGAAUCCGGUGCCAAUUGGAGAUUUCAUCCACUUACAUCUGAGUCACUACAGAAAUCCAAAACUUGUGGUGACUGAAAAGACCAUCCGGCUUGCUUAUCGUCAUGCUAAGCAGAAUACAAAAAAUUUGCCAUGCUUUUUACUUGGUUCUCUCACAGUGGAUGAAGAUGAAGAAGGUGUGACAUUGAUAGUGGAUCGCUUUGAUCCUGGUCGAGAAGUACCUGAAUGCUUAGAAAUAACACCUACUGCUUUUCUUCCUGGGGACUUUUUGAUUCCAUGCAAAGUUCAUACCCAGGGAGUUUAUUCAAGAGAAAUGAUAGUUCACAAUGCAGAUGACUUCAGUUCAACUUUUAAGGCUCUACACUACCACGUAUGUAGCAAAGAUUCCCUGGAUUGUGGUAAGCUGCUUUCCCUAAGAGUUCAUAUCACUUCCAGGGAGAGUUUGGACAGUGUGAAUUUUGAUUUGCAUUGGGCAGCAGUAACUCUAGCAAAUAACUUUAAAUGCGCACCUGUGAAGCCUAUCGCCAUUAUCCCUACAGCUCUUGCAAGAAACUUGAGUAGUAAUCUGAAUAUUUCUCAAGUUCAAGGGACUUAUAAAUAUGGAUAUCUUACCAUGGAUGAAACACGCAAAUUGUUACUUUUGCUGGAAUCUGAUCCCAAGGUUUAUUCUCUACCUUUAGUGGGAAUUUGGCUGUCUGGAAUUAUACAUAUUUAUAGUCCUCAGGUAUGGGCUUGCUGCUUGAGAUACAUGUUCAAUUCUUCUGUUCAAGAAAGAGUUUUUUCAGAAUCUGGAAAUUUCAUUAUAGUUCUCUAUUCUGUGACACAUAAGGAACCUGAGUUUUAUGAAUGCCUCCCUUGUGAUGGGAAGACACCUGACCUUCGAUUUCAGUUUCUAACCAGUAAAGAAACUUUACAUCUUUUCAAAAAUGUUGAACCUUCUGACAAAAAUUCAGUCCAUUUUGAACUGAGUGCUGAAAACCAAAAUGCAGAAACAGAGUCUUUCAACAAGGUUUCCAAGAAUCUUUCAACUAAAAGGUCUUCCCAAAAGUUAUCUCCUGGGAAAAUACCAAUAAAUGAUCAGGACUCUGGUGUUGAAGAUGAAGAUUUUUCUCCAAGACCGGUUCCUAGUCCUCAUCCAGUGAGUCAGAAGAUUUCUAAGAUCCAACCAUCAGUUCCUGAACUUUCACUUGUAUUGGAUGGCAAUUUCCUAGGGUCAAACCCUAUGACAAAUAAUGAAAAUCCUCCUUUGUUGAUUAACCCCUCUGAACAUUUGAAGCCAUUGCAAUCCCAACUUUAUGAUGAGAAACACAGCCUAGAAGCUGAAGCUAGAGAGCCUUCCUUAAGAGGGAUAACAAAUCAGUCAAGCCAGGACACUGCUCUUUUGAGACACUGCAAAGUAAGACAGCCAUCUGCCUGUAAGAAGGGGAACCUUCAUAUCAGGAACAGUGUUAAACCAUGUUCUCAUAAUGGGGCAUCUCCUGAUACAUUUGAAAAACUUCAAGCAGUUUCUGCUGGAAAUGUACAAAAAGAAGGGUAUCCUGUAAGACCGUCCACAUUUAAUUCUAAGCAGUCUUCUCUUGCCCCACAGUCCCCACCCAAUUUUGUUUUUUCACCCCAUAAUUCAGGAAGACCGAUAGAACUUCAGAUACCUACUCCUCUACCACCAUCUUACUAUUCCACAAAUGUUUGCAGUUGUUGUCAUCAUCAUAGCCAUAUUCGAUAUAGCCCAGUACAUUCUUGGCAAGGAAUAAAUACAGUUGGAUCCAUCCAAGACAUCCAGUCUGAAGCCCUUCAGAAGCAUUCAUUAUUUCAACCAAAUGGAUGUCCAGCUCUGUACCAUAAUACAUUCUAUUCUUCAAGUAGUCCUAUAGCCUUGAGACCUCCUCAGGGCAACAUGGACGGUUGCUCUUCCCACAGCAAUGUAGAACCAUCGCCUGUGGCAAAACUGUCUUCACAUAUGGACUCAUGUAAUCCCCAGCCUUGUGCGGUGUGCAUGCACACACCAAAGACUGAGUCAGAUAAUGGGAUGAUGGGACUAUCUCCGGAUGCAUAUCAGUUCCUCACAGAGCAAGACAGACAGCUGAGACUACUUCAGGCACAGAUUCAGCGUUUAUUGGAAGCACAGUCUCUGAAGCCCUGUUCCCCUAAGACAACCACUGUUGAAGACACAGUGCAAGCUACAAGACAAACAGAGUUGGUUUCCAUGGAAGCAGAGUCUUCCCCUGGCUUGCAUCUGAGAAAAAGUGUUAGCAUUGCUGUGAGCACAGGUGCUAGCUUGUUUUGGAAUGCAGCGGGUGAUGAUCAAGAGCUAAAGCAAGAUGAUACCAAGAUUUCCAGUGAGGAUAUGAAUUUUUCUGUUGAUAUUAAUAAUGAAGUCACAAGUCCUCCAGGUAGUGCGUCUUCAUUAAAAGCAGUUGAUAUUCCCAGUUUUGAAGAGAGCAACAUUGCUAUGGAAGAAUUUAAUCAGCCACUUUCUGUAUCCAGCAGCUCUUCUCCAGCUGUGAGAAAAGAACCUGGUGUACCUGUGUUCCUUCCGAAUGGCCUGCUGGCAGAGAGUGUAAGCACGUGCUUACAGACUGAACCAACAGAGGGUGCCAGUAACAGCCCUGAAACUUCAGGGGAACUGAAAAUUGAGCAAGUAGUGCAACCCUUCCCUCAUCAGCCACCAGAUAACCAGAAAAUGUACCAGGAUUUAUUGGAUCAAAUGAACCACCUGUUAAAUAAUUCCUCCAAAGAAACUGAGCAGCCAUCUACCAAAGCAGUAAUUAUCAGUCAUGAAUGCACCAGAACCCAAAAUGUUUACCAUACAAAGAAAAAGAAACAUAAUUCAGGACUAGUAGAUAAAGAUUGUGUUUUUAAUGCAACUCUUAAGCAACUAAGAAACCUUGGAGUAAAAAUUGAUUCACCCACUAAAAUGAAGAAAAAUGCACAUAAAGUGGAUCAUGCCAGUGUGUUGGCAUGCAUCAGUCCAGAAGCAGUGAUCAAUGGAUUAAACUACAUGUCAUUUGCUAAUGUUGGCAUGAGUGGCUUAAGCCCCAGCGGCGUGGAUUUGAGCAUGGAGGCAAAUGCUAUAGCUCUGAAGUAUUUAAAUGAAAAUCAACUGUCACAGCUAUCUGUCACUCGAUCAAACCAAAAUAACUGUGACUCAUCUUUCAGCCUUCUACAUAUUAAUACAGACAGAAGCACAGUGGGGCUCAGUUUAAUUUCACCAAACAACAUGUCAUUUGCAACCAAAAAAUAUAUGAAGAGAUAUGGACUCAUACAAAGCAGUGACAAUAGUGAAGAUGAAGAGGAGCCUCCCGACAAUGCAGCUGGCAAGAGUGAAUGUUUGUUAAAUCAGAACCUUAUAUCUGUACCUGAACAACUUGGUCAUCAGAAAGAGCCUUCCAGGAAUGCCUGUGAAGUAAUUAGUUGUUAUGAUUGUGAACCCAUGAGCACCCACACAAAUAUGCCAGUGCUGAGAAAUAUUACUAAUGAAAUUUUACCACCAAAAGCAAUGCAACAGUUGAGCGAAAAGCCAGCUUUUUUAUUAAAGAAAGUUAAAUCAAGUCCUACGGCAAACCUUCGAACUGGGAAGGCAGAAUUUACUCAACAUCCUGAGAAAGAAAAUGAAAAGGACAUUGCAAUUUUUCCUGAAAGUUUGCCACCUUCUGAAACUUUAAAGCAGAUGAAUAGCAUAAACUCAGUAGGUACCUUCUUAGAUAUAAAGCGUCUCAGACAGUUGCCCAAAUUAUUUUAAAACUUAGCUCUCUGCCCUUCUGACAUAGGGACAAAAUGAAUGUCUCCUGAAGAUGCUUAGGGAAGCCAGAGCCUUUUGGUAGUUUUGGGAGUCCCGGGCAUUCUAGGAGUCAGUCUGUUUGUUAGCUGUCAGUUGCAAAGAGCUGAACAAGUGCCACGAUUGUCUAUGAGAUGGUUGGCUAGUAGACGGGCUGAGUUCUCAUUGUUCAAAUAGAGCUGUUCAGCAUCACUGAAACCUUUAAGGAAAACAAACUCCGAGAUCAGCUAUGUCCACAAAUUAGGCAAACAGGUACUAUCCAACUCUGAACCUAAAGUGUUCUUUUCUACUGUACAUUUUAAGAAGUCCAUUUUCCUAGCAUGUUGCAUCUCUGCUUCUACCCUCUAUCACUAAAAGAACAUAGUUAUCAUGACACGGCUAAAUUUGCAAAAUCAACCCUUCUUGAGGUUAAGGAGAAAGUUAGUUUUUAAAAUAACUAAAGAUCUUUUGUACAAAGAGUAUAUUUCUUCUUAAUUAAGAUACAUAUUUAUUAAACUCUGGAAAUACU